AUGGCGGACUCGUCGACCAUCAGCGCGGCAACAACCCGGCAGCCAGCAGCGUCGUCGUCGCUGUCGCAAGUGACGACGGACGCCGAGAAGCUCGCGUUCAUCGAGGAGGUGACCACUAACGUGGACGCCGUGCAGGAGCGCGUGCUGGCGGUGGAUCGCGCGGCGUCCGCGCUGCUCCGGCCGCGCGGCGCCGCCGUGGCGGACUACACCAGCCGCGCGUGCGUCGAGACCGCGCCGGGGCACUACGUCAUCUACUGGGAGCUGGAGGGUUCACCAGCACCGCCGCCGCCAAGGACGUGCUGGACCGGUGCUGCCUGGAGAUGGAGGAGGCCCUGGGGUCGGUGUACAGGCAGAGCCGGGUGGCCGACGGCUCCGUCGGGCCACUGGGAGAUACGGGUGGUCCGGCCGGGGACCUUCGAGGAGCUCGCGGACUACGCCGUGUCACGCGGCGCGUCCGUCGGCCAGUACAAGGUGCCCCGGUGCGUCACCGCUCCGGCGGUCGCCGAGCUUCUCGACUCGCGCGUCGUCUCCAGCCAUUUGAGCCCGGCGUUGCCGCACUGGACACCGGCCCGGCGCUUCCAAUCCGAUUCUUUCCGACGGGGAGCUGGAGGGGUUGAUCGAGGCUCUGCUGCAGCAUCGUUUUGUCGCGUUCUAAUAAUGGCAACAACUUCAGCUUUGUAG